AUGUCAGAGGGCAAACCACCGUCCACGAGUGGGUCCUCGAAGAUCUCGGAAGGAGAGGCAGAUUUGUACCUUGACCAAUACAACUUCACAACUACAGCUGCGAUUGUUGGUUCUGUAGACCGCAAAAUAUUCGUUCUGCUGAGAGAUGGGCGCAUGCUUUUCGGGGUGCUGAGAACUUUCGACCAGUAUGCCAAUUUGAUACUGCAGCACUGCGUGGAGAGAAUAUACGUGACCAAGCAAAAUCAAUACGCCGAGUGCGAUCGUGGCGUUUUCAUGGUUCGUGGUGAGAACGUCGUCAUGCUCGGGGAGGUAGAUAUAGACCGUGAGGACCAGCCACUGAGCGAGAUGCAGCAAAUCCCGUUCAGCCAGGCGUUGGCGGUGAAGAAAGCCCACGACGAGGCCAGGUUCGUCUCAGAGAGCAAGAAGGGCAAGGUCAUGGCUCAACAUGGCCUUAUUUACGAAUUUUACAAGUCUGAUAUAUAUUAA